AUGUAUGCGGAUGAUCUUAGACUGAUUCUUGACAUCAACAUCCCGGGAGAAAUCGUGCAUAAAAAUCUCGUCUUGCUAGGCUCUGGCCACAAUGCUACUGCCUCUUCAUUGGUUAAAGAGUUUAUGUUACCUAUAGGACCGGGAAAACUGAUUUUGAGCUACAUACCGGAGAAAGGAUCUUUCGGGUUUGUCAAUGCUAUUGAGAUUGUUUCUGGUGUUGAUAAGCUUUUCAAGGAAUCAGUUACUAGAGUGGGUGGAAAUGAAUUGGAGCUCGGUUUAAGUGGACGCGGGAUCGAAACUAUGCAUAGGCUAAAAGUUGGUGGUCCUAAGCUUGGUCCAAGCCGAGAUCUUGCGUUGUAUAGAACGUGGGAAACGGAUUCAAGCUACAUGGUGACUGAGAACGCGGGUGACGAAGUCAAGAACUCCUCGAAUAUCACAUAUGCUUUGUAUUGGAGAAUAUCUUCGAUAUUAACAAAUUUACAUAUUUGUAUCAAGUCCUUUUGUGUAAAUAUCUUUUCCUAG